GUUGCAAGAAGCGGCGUCAAUUUGGGAAACAAUGACUACCAAACAAAGACAGAUUGCACUUAAAGAGCAUCUGACAUUCGGCAUGAAACGCCCUACAGUGCUAUCGCAGAUUGAAGGUUUUGACCUUGUCGAAGGAUUUGUGUUGGAUAUAAUGCACCAGUUCGAUGAAGGCGUUACCAAGUACUUACUGGGACAGUUAUGUGAACACGACUCUGUCUUACGGCUUCCCAAAUCAAAAAUUCAACAAAUUAACGAGCAAUGGCUGUCCGUUGUGAUUCCUGGUCAUCACAACCGACCACCACGAGAUAUUCUUGAGUAUAAAAGAAUGAAAGCGCAUGAAUUAAGAUUUUUUAUGCAGCAUGCCGCGCCAUUUGUGUUAAAAAACAUCUUACCGGAAAACGUUUACAAAGUUUUUUGCCAUGCUUCCCGUGUUAUUUGGCUGUGCACGAAAGAAUCUAUCACGACAACUGAUAUCAACGAACUUCAAACUCAGUGCCAUGAUUUCUUAAAGUCAUUUCAACAUUACUUUGGAAUUGGCGAGAUGAAAUAUUCUGUCCACUUGAUGCAGCAUAUUCCAUACGCGGUUGAACUGUUUGGACCGCUGCAUAUACUAUCGUGCUACGGACCGGAACACAAUAUUGGCAAGAUUUCUCGACGCGUCCUCGCAAUGAAUAACACCGCUAAGCAUAUCAUGAACAACUUCAAUAUGUUAACCACCUGCGCUCUCAAAUUAAAUGAAGCACGGAAUAACAGCACAGCUAUUAGUGCGACGCAUCAUGCGGUUUCCGCCGUACUCGGACUGUCAAGAGAAGCCGAAUUUUUGCCGGAAGCUGGAGUAUCCGGCGCUCGCUGCACAUUUAUCGGCAAGGCCACUCCCCUGCCAGUUCAUCAUACGGUUUAUCGCCUACUGCAAGAGCGUUUACAUCGCUCAGCGCCGCAAAUGUUUACAUUCCAGCGUUGUAAAGUGGAGAAUGGUAUUUUUGUCCGAACAAGAGAAAGAAACGAAGGUUAUUUGCGGAACGAGUGCAUAGUGUGUACGGACGACGGAAUUGUUAUCGCAGUGGAUCACGUGAUUGCUGUUGUAGACGACCGCUGCGUGAUCAUAACCGAUUCAUUCGUAUCCGGUCAUUUGCUAUUACGUAAUGAUAAUUACGGUCCUGUAGCCGGCACACGGGAAGCGAAAAUUGACCACAUUUUCCCAGCCACGUUGGAUGAACAAUCAGACCUAGUGCUUUUCGAGACGAAGUUCAUCAGUAAACAGAUGGUAUUGCUACGCCCACCUAAAGAUGGAAUGUACAUACUUAGCCCGCCAUCAAAUCAGUUUAGAUUAUCGUGAUU